AUGGCGAUAUUCGCUUUGAUUCUUACUUUCGCUGUGGCUGUCGGUGCAUUCGAAUGUCCGACGAGCUAUUUCCGUUGUGGAACUAUGAAAAAGUGCAUUCAUCAACGGUUUUUCUGCGAUGGUACGAACGACUGUGAAAACGCUGCUGAUGAGGAACCUCAACGAUGCCGUGACAAUUCCGGCUUGAAUUCGUUGUUUGAUCAGAAGUUGGACUUACUCGCAGCUGGAAUAAAUGUCUCAGCAUUAUAUACCAUGACUAAAGGAUGUGAUGUGGACAGCUAUCCACCAAUGUGUCGCUGCUACCAACGAUUUAAGGUCUCAUGCGAGAAGUCUGGGUUGUCUAGAAUUCCUACAAAUAUAUCAUCCAACGUAAAUGGUCUGGACAUGAGGAGUAAUGAUCUAUCUGAAGACACUUGGGAUGCAAGUGCAUUUAAGGACAUUCCAAAUCUGGAUUGGUUAUUUCUGCGGGAAAACAUGCUAGUUAAAAUCGAUGAAGAUGCAUUCGAAGACGUCAGGAGUUUAGAACACCUAAAUUUUGCAGGUGUUGAAAUUGCUAAUAUAGAUGCUCGUAUGUUUAGCCAUUUGUCGCAGUUGAAACACGUGCAUUUCUACAAGUUUCAUUACUGUACUUACGCUAACCACGUGUUCGAUUGCUCUCCAAAAUCUGACGGAAUUUCGUCUCUAGAGAACCUUCUAGCCAAUGAAGUUCUGCGUUAUUAUAUAUGGGUCGUGGCAUUUGCGACAAUUAUUGGUAAUCUGGCCGUGAUCUUCGGACGUACCUGUGUUAUGACGACGGAGAACAAAGUCCACUCUUUGCUCAUUCAGCAUUUAUGUGCUGCUGAUUUAUUAAUGGGUGCUUAUCUGAUAAUCAUUGGGUCGCAUGAUCUGUUUUAUCGUGACAAAUUUUACCAGCAUUCCCAUGAGUGGAUGACCAGUUGGAUUUGUAGUCUAAGUGGUGUACUCUCCAUGUUGUCUUCGGAAGCUUCCCUUUUUUUCCUCACCGCCAUUUCCGUGCAGCGGUUCUUAUGCAUCACAAUGCCACAACGGACGAUACAGAUAACUUACCGUACUGGUGUCGUGUACAUGGCGGUCAUCUGGAUCAGCGCUACCGCGUUGGCUGUCUUUCCCUUGAUGUUGCCAUCGUGGCCUCACUUUUAUGGUCAAAACGGAGCAUGUUUCCCGUUGCUGAUUGUGAAGCCUUUCGGAUCUGGUUGGCAGUAUCAAGUGUUUAUCUUUCUUGGUGUGAACUUUGUCUGUUUUGUCUUCAUUAUCGGCGCUUAUAUCGGUAUGUUUUGGAGUAUACGACGCACACGAAAGGCAGUUAAUAAAGAUUUUACUUAUCAACGAGAGGGAGAUAUGAACUUUGCGAAACGUUUUCUGUUUAUCAUAAUUACUAACACGUUAUGUUGGGUGCCAAUAAUGAUACUGACUGCAAUAGUUUUAGCCGAUGUUGACAUUACAGGUGAAGUUUAUGCUUGGUUUACCGUGCUAGUUGUCCCGGUAAAUAGUGCUAUCGACCCAGCGCUCUACACAUUGACGACAGUUCAAUGCAGACAAGGUUGGAAAUCAGUUAUGACAAAGAAACUGCGACACCGUAUAUUCUACAGUACGAAAAAGCCACCCAGGGGACGGAGGCCGAUGUCAACUCGAGUAUCAAACGUGUCAACGACAUUAAUGGUUGGGCCACCUUGA